AUGUUAUUAGAGAAAGAAAAUGAUUUCUCUGAAAAUGUGAUAUUGUACAAAGAAAUGGCAGAAUAUUACAGAGAAACCUUAUUCAAAGAAAUGAAAGAUUGUCACAGGAUAAAAAAUCAAUUACAAGAAACAGCAAAAAAUUUGGAAAUCAAACAAUCCCACGACUUGAACAAUUUUCCGAAAAACACUGAUCUAUUAGGAAAAUAUAAAUUACUAUUGAAGCAACAUCAAAGCGACCUAAAAACCAAGGAAAUUAUUAUCGAUAAGUUAAGGAAAGAUAGGAAAAUGUUGUAUUUAAAAAUUUCCCAGAUCAAGAAAGAUGUGGAAGACAGAAAGGAGGAAUUUGAAAUUGAAAUUCAAAAAUUAAAGUCGACAGUGGCUGGGUGGAAAGAGAAAUGCUCCAAGUUAAAAGAUUUGAAGCAAAUAAGCUAG